UAACUUAACUUUUUCCAUGUAAAAGUUGAUGAGAUUGAGAGUUGAGAUCCCUUCAUCUUGUUGAAAAAAUCAAAGCGACUGUCGAUGGACAAUUAUCCGAAGAUAUUAGCAAAUAAUUUCAAUAGCAAUAUGGAAGAAGAAGAAGAAGAAUCGGCAUUCAUUGAAAUGGAUCCUUCACUUCCUCCAUCUAAGAGGUUCUCUAAUGUUAAUCGACAUGAUUUUCGUAUACCUGAUCAAGAAAAAUCGUCCAAUAUGGAGGCGGAUAAGAGAUGUUCAAUAAUUCAGAAAUUGUUGGAUUUUUUUAAGAAAAUGAGUUUUGGAUGCAAAAGUGGUACUAGUACAAGGGUGGUGGAGGGAGCAAUGUUAAUGAAAAAGUGGGAAAGUUCUGAAGGUACAACUUUGACUCCAAGGACAAGUAUAGCUAAUUAUUCUGAAGAAGAUUGGCGUAGAUCUUGUGAUUCUGACGCAUCUAUUUAUGAAGCUGUUCUUCAUUGCAAAAGAACUAUUAACGGUGAUGAGUAAUAAGUGAAGUUUUUGUCAGUACUAGCAAGGAAGAAAUGAAAGUCUACUUGAAUAAUAUAUAGAAGAAAAAAAGACGAGAAAAGUAUGAAAAAUAUUUUGUUUGUGUUGUUGAAAGUUUUGAGGAGACAGAGAAUCUUAAUGACUCACAUUGUGUUUUCCCCUUUUCUCUCAAGGAACAAUCACGUUCCGACUUGGAAAAUGUCUUGCUUUUUUGCUUUGUAAAGUCAUAUAUGUAAUGAUAUUUUUGUACUUUAUUUUUAAUUUA